UUCGAAACUCUCGAGUUGACAACACAGCGAGACUACACUAACUGUUGUUAUUAUUAUUUCUUUAAUUUCUUGAACAUCCCAUCUAUAUCAGUAUAUCACCUCGAUUUUACCUUCUGAACACUAAUUAUUCUUCCGUUCAGAUUUAAUAUUUCUGGUUAUUAUUUGUGAUGAGCUGUUACAUGCACGCAGUUCUGACGCAAAAUCUACAACGUCUCACUUGGUUGCUAUUCCCACUUCGUCGCUGUGUCGCUGAACGGAGCACAGCUGAGGACGACUGUCGUUCACCGACAAGGCCUUCUCAGUGCGGACUUCUACUUGGGUAUUCUUGCAGAGAGCUCUCUACUCAUUGCUGAUGUGUCCUUAGUGUUGUGCGAGAUUGUGAAAUGAUAGAUUACUGAAGUCUUUCGGAGACAUCACGUUCAGCUUGGAAAUAAAGUGAUAAAUCAUCAGGACAGCUUGAUAAGCAAUCGCACGCAAAAACACAUAGCCCAACAUGGAAGCCAAGGCGAUGUAUAAUUUUGAUGCUUCGCAACAAGACGAACUCAGCUUCAGAAGAGGUGAUGUUUUGGUGAUUCGAAACAUGGAAGACAAAGACUGGUAUCAGGCCCAGUUGGGUGCCAGAACAGGCUACAUUCCUGCAACAUAUGUUGAAUUGGAGAAAAAUGAAUGGUAUAAAGGAAAGAUGUCCCGAGCAGAAGCAGAAAUGUUCUUAAUGAAAACAAACUCUCAGGGUCACCAUGUAUAUCCUGAUGGCACUUUCAUAGUGCGUGACUGUGAAUCAGACAGAAACCAGUUCUCGUUGUCAGUGAAGCAUGGGAGCUGUCCACAGCACUUCAAGAUUCUCAGUAACCAGGAUGGUCAGUACUACUUAUGGCCACACAAGUAUUUCACUUCUAUCAAUGAGCUUAUCAACCACCACCGCACGAAUUCAGUAGCACGGGACUCACGCACUGUUAUAUUGCUGAAAGACCUACAAGAGGCAAGUAAUGCAAAAGAUAAGAAGAAAGGUGGACUUAGCAAGCCUCAAGCAGGAGUCCAGCUGUUUGAGGCAGAGCAUGAUUUUCAUCCUGAAGCUCCUGAAGAGGUGGGUUUCCGGCGUGGAGACAAGAUUAUACUACUAGAGAAGACCGACGAGAAUUGGUGGACCGGACAAGUGCAGUCUUCUGGAGAGCAAGGUCUUUUCCCACGCAACUAUGUCCGAGAAGUCAAGAACUAGCUGUGCGAAAAAGAACCAAGCCUAUUUUCGGUUCUAGCUAUGCUUUAAGUAUUGUUUGGUGGUCACAUAUGUCUUAGUUUACAGGUAGUUGAAAUAAACAUACUGUGAAUUUCACCUGUAGCAUCACAUCUAAUGAAAGAGUGCUUUAGUUCUUCAAAAAAUAAAAAUUGUAAGGUUUAAUAAGGUCAUUAACUUAAGGUUAAGAAAACCCAUUUACUGGUUGUUUUUGGCGAUUUCUUUAUUUCACUAGAAUGUAGAGGAUUCAUGUAGGUACUUGCUUCAUUUACAACAAAAUUUUGGAAAAUUUUACAAAGCAGGCAAAGUUUAGCAUGCAUGAAUGCUGAGAUGAAGUUUUGAGAGGUGUUGUUUGUCAUGAGAUAAUCAGUUUAUCCAUGACCAUCAUUUGCAUGAUGCCAGUGUUAGGUUAAAGAUGGUCAAUAACAGCCUCAUUCCUCUAAGACCUUUGCUAACCCACACCUAGCAAUGAUUCAAUUGUUUUGUUAAAGCAGUGGUUUCUGUGGUAUGUACCAUAGAAAAUCCUGACUUCCUAAAGGUUUUGCUUCCAUGGUGUAGUUCAUUAUUGAUCAAAAACUUGAUUAUAGAGAAAUCAAGGAAGAUGAUUCCAUGUAGUUCCCUAAACAUUCCAUGCUGUUUCCAGGAAGUACCACAUUUGGCAUGCUUAACUAUUUACAUCCCUCAGGACAAUCAAAUUGUGAUUACCAUUUUUUCUCAGAUGUACAGAAGCUUGGAGCACAUAAUGUGUUUAAUCAUAGUUUUUUGUUUGUAUUUUCCAUACCUUCUCUCCAUUAAAGACUCUUCUUGACCAGACAAAUAUGGCCAAAUGUUUGUCCACGUUUGGUAGAGUUUUUACUUAAUUAUAUGAAAACUAGACAUAGUCAAACAUUCAUCCAUUUUUGUCCGGUUAAGAAGGGCCUUGAAGUGGUAAGUUAUGAUAAAUAUGAGAUGAUUAGUAAAUGGAAUUUCAUGUUUUUUUAAAUUUUGGCAUAUUCAUGUGCAUGUUCAUUCCUAAAUUUCUUCAGAAUCUUGCUUCCUUUUGAAAAACUGAUUUUUUAAAAAAGAAAGUGUAUGUAUCGAGAUGAGUUAAUAUAAUUAAGCUGUUGACCAGCACAUGGAUAAUUCUGAUGCAAAAAAAAAAAAAUGACUGACAGUAUUACUUGCUUUUAUUAUGUUAAACAGCUGUUUUUGUUACCAGAAAUGUAGUCUGCUCUUAUAGGAAGAGAAAAUGUACAUUUUUUAAAUUCUUUACAACACAAGAAUCUAUAGUUUAGCAAAACAUUUCAUUAAAAUACUUGAAAAUGAAUGUACAGUAAAUUCUUUGGAUUUUAGGUUUGCAUGUUAUAGAAUGGACUGAAAACUAAUCAAACUCUGUAAUGUCACAUUACUUAAGAGCACAUCCAUUCUCAUUAUUCCAUAUUUUUUCAGUUAGUGUUAAUAAGGAGGUUCUAUGAUUCACUUCUAUGUGAUAUGUAUCACUUUUGUGCUGUUUUUUUUUUAACUCCAGCAUAAUCAUUUGUGUGUGGGUUUUUUUUAAGUCUUUUUAGCAUUAUAUUUACCCUGGGAAAAAAUGCAAAACAAAAUGUUGCAUUUAGAUGGCAGAAGAGCACUGCCCACAUAAUGUUGGGGGUUAACCCAGCAUUACAUAAAAUUCUGAACCCAAGUAACCUCAGGGUUAAUAAGGUUCUGUUUUUUAUGCUUCAGUUAGUAUUCAGCUAGAAAAUCUGGAAAGACUAUGGACUAUGAGUGAGCAUAAAAGAGUAAAACUGAAAGAUAUGUAAAUGGCAAAUAUUUCAGUUUUCUUUGCAGGUAUGUCGAUUAACUUUAUAAUCUUUCAUUGUUACAUAUUUACUGUGAUUUAGAAUAAACUUAAAUGGGGGUUUUUUUUUUGGAACACAAUAAAGUAAUAAGAUAAAUCUUCCAGAUUUUCUGGAAUCAUUUCUUUUGUGCCAAACAUGUCUUGCCUAGAACUUUUUUCAAACAUCAUUUCACAUUCCACUUUUUAUCUGUUAUAGCAUUUAUUUUUUUUAUACUUGUGGCACCUUGCUUUUUUUUUUGGGGGGGGGGGGUACCUAUUACAAUAAUAAGAGUUGUAUGUUUAAAUCUACUCUUUGAUGUAGUUUUUCUAAUGUUGUGGCACUUUUUUGUUCAGCGGGUCUGAAAAGGCUACCAAUCUGCUAUAGUGAAACAAACUUUCCAUAGCACUUUGGUUACUGAGACUUCCGAUUUCUUUUGAAAGGAUACAUUAAUGGUCUUUCACCAUUCAGUUACUUAGUAGAUAUCCCUUGCUGAAAGAGUAGGAAAAAUGGGCCUUAUAUACUUUGUAGAGGCUGCACAGUUGUAAAAUUUAAACUGCUCCAGUGGUUUACAUUUUGACCCAAUGCCAUAGAAUCGGGUUUAUCUCUUGAGCUAUCAGUAGGCUGGCUUGUGGUAUGACUGUAGAUUGAAGUAUAAGAUUAAAAAAAACAACUUAAUUUUAUAGGUUCUUGUUGAGUUUUCAAAGCAUUUUAGCUGAUAAACAUAACAUAGCUAAAAACAAGCAAUCCUUGUUUAACUUAUUGAUAAAAACAACACUUAUCUUGAAUCUUAUUGUUGAGUUUUGUGAACAAACAAAAGGGUAUUUUUUUUCCUGUGGUUAAUAACAUGGGCAUGGUGAAAUGUGUAUUAUUAGUAGCAUUGCAACUACUGGUUUUCAUGACCACACUUGUAUGUUAGUUUUACUUAUGUGAUUCUUUUGAACCAUGUUUCUAGUUUUUGUGAGGUGGUUUAUUUGCAUACACAUGUAAAUCAACUUUUAUUCAUCCUAUAGAACAGGAAAAUAAAUACAUGAUACAGACCACAGUGAAAUUUAUCCAUGUUUGAUGGCUAAAGUUUAUGUACUUUUGAAUGAUUUCAAUAUUUUGUAUUUGUAACUACUUAGCUUUUGUUAAUUUCAGUAACACUUGUGAUUAAUUGCAAAUAUUGGCUACAAAAGAAAAUAUUCUUUAUUGUUACUUGAGGAUGUAGGGAUUGCUGGAGCAUGCUAUAUUUUAUAAUUGUUGUUGUCAUAAACGAUUUGUUAACUGUGCUAAAGUUGUAUAACCGAGAUCAAAGAAUAGGUUUAAGAUGUUAAACUUAUAUAAGUUAUGCUUAUUUAGACAGAUAUUUUGAGGGAUUUUGACAGAUAUUAAGAAAGUUUAUCUGCAGAAUAUUGAUAUAGUCAAUACAGUUGGAAUGAGCUUUCAGAUACUUUCUGAAAAAAAGGUCAGUAUUUUUGUAAAUUUGUAAGAUCUGGUUUUUAUAACACUUUUAUUUGUUAAAAGCCAAAACUGAAAUAAGCUGUGAAAAGUUCUUCAUUGUUAGUAUGUGCAUUUCUCUUCAAGGCUUCUUUGUAGUUCCUUUUGUACCCAGUCAUCAUGUUACUCAUGGAGUCAUGACAGUACAUUUGACGUGAUAUAUUUAGCUCAGGCUGCAUUGUCAUUGAACAUCCUAGUCUUUUUUCAGAAAGAUUGGGAGAGCACAUUUUCAUUCAUAUUUACUCAUCAUUUUAUUUCUUUGUGUCUUUUUUAUUUAUGGUAAUGUUUCACAUUGCUGUAGAAAUGAAUUCUAUUGAGUGAUGUUUUGUAUGCCGGGUUUUUUUUUUGGAGAUGUACAGAAGUACAGAAAACUUUACAAAUAUUUUCAGAAUCAUUUAUUGCUCAGAAUGGUCCCAAUCUUUAACUUAGACAAACUCCAUGAAAAUCAAUUAAAAAUAAAUGCAUUUACUGCAGCCAACCAAAGAAGGAAAAAAGUUAUUUAAUUCUUUACAGCUCAGAGUUUCUUGCUCAUUUACAUCCAGUAAAUUUUUUUUUUUUUAGCUGACCUGGUUUGACAGAGCUGUAAAGUGUUAAUUAAAAAGCCAUUCUUCUCGUAAUUGAUUAAACUUGGAAUAGGGUUUACCGCCAUGUUCACAAAUCGGUAACUGCAGAUGCUGCUGUUCUGGUUUCUGAAUCUACAGUCACAUAGACAAAUUCAAAUACUGUACUGUUUUUGGUGAAAUUCUGCAAGGACCAAAGAAACUACAACCACGUUUCAGUGAGGCUGAUGGAUAAAAGUUAAUUUGGAGUGGAAGAGACUUCCAAGCCAAAAGAAGUUUUUGGGUAGAGGAGCUAGAGAUAGGCUGGGGAAACUGAAGGUUUAGUGCAUUAUUUUUCGUCAUGCAGUUUUCAUAGAUUGCAUACAUGUACAAAGAAUCAUGGCUAAUCCAUCAAACAUUGGUACUUCAGCUAUCUCAUGUCAGGAGUGAAAAGUGUUGAACGUGCAUUGUAAAGUAAUUCAUAGAUACAACGAUUAUGCAGUUGGAGAGAACUUUGACCUUUUGGCUGGGAAUAUACAGUGCUGGUGCACAUUAUGGUGUAAGCUCAUGAUAGUUUGUAAAUAAAUUAUUUCCAGAAGCAUUUACAUUCCAACAUGAAAUUCCUUGUCAGUGUCUGAUUAAAUGACUUUUUUCCUGCUAUCUUUGUUGUACAUUGUUCCUGUAUGAUAAGUAACACUUCUGCUCAGCUGUCUUUUCUGUUACCUAACUGUAUGAAAUGUUGUCAGUGCAUUUUUAGUACUUUUGCAAAGUAAAAUAAAAUAUUUAUGACAACAAA